AUGAUUCCAACUGUAUCGCAAGAACAAUUUUUAUCGAUCAGCUUCAACAAAAUGCGCCUCAUCGCUUUUCUGCAAACAAAGUUGGAAGCACAUAAUUACAAUAUUAAGCAGGCGAUCGAAGACGCGGAUUUAUUAAUUGUGCAGACUGCCAUCGAACUUGCUCCCUCUUUUUCCUCCGUAUUUGUUAUUGGAGAAGAUGUAGAUUUGCUUGUGUUGUUGAUUGCUACAGCCAGAGAGAUCCUGAAUCUUUAUUUGCGCAAGCCGGGUAGAGGGAAAAAGAAGGAUGUGUUCUAUUCGCCUCAAAAUUUACAACAUAGCGAUGCUGUAGUGAAGAGCAUGUUAUUUCUACAUGCCUUCAGUGGAUGUGACACUAAAUCGGCAUUGUUUAAUCGAGGCAAAAUUCGAUUCCUCAAAACUUUGGAAAAAAUCCAAUAUUAA